AUGGCGGGCCUUAGCCUGGGUAUGAAAUGUUUGAAAUGCUCUGUGUUUGUGUUGAAGAUCAUCUGUUUGUUGUGUGCUCUUUUGCUUAUCGGAGUUGGGGCGUACGUUCAAGUCAAGUUUUCUGCUUAUGAGCCUAAACUUCACAAGUUUGUCGCUAUCCUUGUGUUAGGCGGGGUUAUUCUCCUAGUGAGCUUUUUGGGAUGUUUUGGUGUCAUUCGCGAGAAUGUAUGCACCUUGCACAUGUACGGUACAUUGCUUGCCUUCCUGCUGAUUGGUGAAGUCGUGAUGCCUGUUUUAAUUGAUUCGAAAAUCAAGCAAGUGCUGCUCGAGUAUGUCCAGCGUUACCAUCAAGCUGAAGAGAUUGCAAAGUCCAUCGACCUCAUUCAGCAGAAAUUCUGUUGCUAUGGUGAUGAAGGACCUUUGGACUACCAACGAUAUGCUAGUCCUCCUGAUUCUUGCAAGUCAUCCUUGAUGAUACCGUACUCCAAGGGCUGCACGGAAGCUUUCGGCCAAUUUUCAAAGAGCAGCUUGGUCAUUAUGGCAUGCGUCUCAUUCGGUGUCUGCUUCAUUCAACUAUUGAGCACUAUCAUUACUUUCUGUUUGGGAAAACACAUCAGAGAUUAUGAAGGAGUUUAA